AUGUCUCGGGUUAAGUUCAACGUCAACACCGAAUACGCCUACCUUCAAAACUUCAAGGUUCUGCAAAACAUUUUCACCCGCCACGCGGUCGAAAAGCCCAUCCCGGUCCAAUCCCUCACCAGGUGCCGCAUGCAGGAUAACCUGGAAUUCCUCCAGUGGGUCAAGCGAUACUGGGACCAGCACUACCCCGGUGGCGAUUAUGAUGCCGUUGGCCGUCGCAAGGCUUCUGGUGCCCCCGGUGGUGCGCCCAUUGCCGCCGCUCGUGCCCCCUCAGCUGGCUCACGCCGCGGAGCUACCCCGACCUCUGCUGCCGUUCGUGGUCCUCGCGUUGCCAGUGCCGGUGCCGGUGCUGCCACCGCUGCGCUGCAGCAGGAACUCGCGACGCAGAAGGAAGCCAUUGGUGGCCUCGAGAAGGAGCGGGACUUUUACUUUGCCAAGCUGCGCGAUAUUGAGCUACUGCUUCAGAACGCUAUUGAGGCCGACCCGGAGCUGGAGAAAGAGGAGGAUACGUUGGUGAAACACAUCCAGGGCAUUCUGUAUUCGACCGAGGAUGGAUUCGAGAUCCCGGAGGCGGAAGAGGGUGCGGCUGAUGAGCUGGAGACCUUCUAA